AUGGAUCAGGACAUACGUCUUGUUUUUCCAGAAGUUCGAAAAUGUAUUGCGCGUAUUUCCUUUUGUCGGGAGGGCGAGACAAAGGAGUUGAGGCAUAUGGUAAUUCCUGGAAUCGUCGUUGCAGUUGAUACGGAUGGAUCGGCUACGAUAGUUGCAAACCCUGUGUUUUUUAAGAUGUGCCCUGAAUUCAAAUUGAGUUUUCCAAAUGAUACUGCCGCCGGUUAUGAAAAAGAACGGAAGCUUUUCUCCACUAUGGUGGAUUAUCGCGACAAAUUUUGUACAUUUAAGCUGAAACCGGAAGUAAAUGGAUUUGUGCAACCAGCAAAGAUUGAGACUAAGCCCUUGAAAGCUGCUGAUUAUGCUGAUGCCUUCAUAUUUCCACGGAAAGACUUUAUUACACCAGCUGCUUAUUGCAAAGGGGGUGUCGUGAAUGGAACAGAAGCAAAAACAGAAGUUAUGCUUGAGAGUGCAUCUCAUGAGUAUGCAUAUCUGGGGUCACCAAUAUUCAAUAGGAAUGGUGCCCUCGUUGGAAUUAGUUAUGCUGAUAUUGGUUGUUUGAUCGCGUGGACAACGCAGGAAUUACGUGAUGAUGUGCUUAAACAUCUGAGUGGCAUUUCGUAUGUCUCGGAUGGAAUUCCAGUGGAACAAGCCCCUGUGCAGCAAAAUUAA